AUGUCAAUUGAAUACGAUAUGGACACCCUUACAUCAGCCAAACACAAUCGAGCAGCCACCGAGAAAUUCUAUAAACAAGUCAUGCCGGCUCGAACCGUUGUUCUUAACCACGAUUUACCUCAGAUGUUGCACCGGAGUCCCUCGGGAGCGAAGCGAAAAAUUCGACAGCGAGCCGAAGAAAAGGGCAGCCGACCGUCUCCUUUCCUGCAAAAUACAGCGCCAGAAGAACCAAUGCCCCCGCCACCACAACCACCGAUUCAUCAAAAAUCACAUUCUAUGACGUAUACAUCGUCUUCUCAAUACUCGCUAUGCUCAACGAGUAAUGGUUCGACAAUGGCUCCACUGCCACCAGCUCAACUCCAGGAUCGUGGCCUUUCAAAAGCUUUUAGCUCUUCAUUCUCUUCACAAUCCUCAUCGAUUUCAUCCUCUCCAUCCCCAGCUCCAUCACAAAUAGAAGACCCUCCACACAGAAUAGAUUCCUAUCGUCGACUUAUCGAUUCAGGUGGCUAUCGAAGCAUUUUGCCUGAAUUGGAUCAUCUAGCGCUACCCGCUUCAAGAUUGUCUUCUGCCUACUCGUCCGGUUCACUUAACACAAGUAUGGCUAAAGUCCCAUCACCGUCAUUUGAAUUCUCGAAUACUCACUAUGCAGCUCCGGUUCGAACAGGCCUCGAGCCACCAGUGAUCUCCCCGCUAAAACCAACUGUUGAAGUUCAUCCAAUGCCCGCUGAAGAACGAAUGAUUCACGAAACCAAAGACUCCUCUUUGAAACGUGAGAAACCGGCCGUUCCAGCGAAACCCAAAGGCUUGAAGAUCAGCAAUGACAACAACUUGCCUAGAUCUACUUCAUUAUCAUCAUUGAUGGUACGUGCAGAGCCUCUCUCGUUUAAUUCACCCUCAGCCAAAGUCCUUUCCACUCUUUGUGCUUCACCCUCGUUCGUUGAGCUUCACAACGCUUACACGAAACGAACAAUUCCCGAAAAUGAAUACGAGAAGUUGGAGGCUAAAAGAAAUCAGUCGAUAACCGUUGUGGAUCGUCGUGUGAAACAACUGGAAGAAGAGCGAGGAGUGGUACAAGAAGAGAUUCUCGCAAUCGAAGAAACUGGAGAGCACAUUCUUCACCUUGUCGAAUCCGUUGAUCCGGAGUUGGCUCUAAAGGUGCGCUCGCAAAUCGCCCAAGGCGACAGUGUCACCCGAUUGGAAGUGGAGUUUCGUCUCGAAGCUGAUCGACUCGCUCAGGCUGUGUCGAAUCCAAUCCCCACUCAUUCAAGAGCUGCCCUGAUGGAACGUGAUGCAUAUGUGAAGAAGCGAUUGUUUGGCAUCAAUCUGCUCAGACAGUGCAAUAGCCGUCGAGAGAACGAGCUCGACGACGAAUUGUGCGCGAUUUUGCAUGAAGAAGAGCAACGACUUUGGGCUAUUUACAGAGAAAAUCACAAAAAGAUUAUUCAGGAAUGCGGCUUAAUCGAUAAGAAAAUCGACGAACAACGGGAUCAGUUGCAAGCCUUGCAAAGCUACGGCUCAUCACCGACCAGUGCACCACCAGUCGCACAGCAC